CGUGGAGCGGUGACCGUUAGAAACAGUUCGGGGCAGUUUGUGCUACAGGUGUUCGGUUAGACUUGUUUAGUGUCAAAUUAAUUUUAAGGCGAAUGAGAAGUUUAAUAAUGUCAAACUUUUAGUAAGAAGAAAGUGUCAUUUAUGGUCUGUGGUUAGCUUAUCUAGGUCGCGGUGCUAGCCGGUUAGCGUCGGUGAAUGUUGUGGUGACGGUUUGAACCAUGUCGGGUUCGGUGAGUAAAGCCUGCCGGAGUCUGGCUCUGUCCACCUGGCUCCUGUCCUUCUGCUUCGUGCAUUUACUGUGUCUGGACUUCACCGUGGCAGAGAAGGAGGAGUGGUACACCGCCUUCGUGAACAUCACCUACACCGACCCUGUCACAUCUGAACCCAGAACCGAGAAGACGGAGAGCGGCCGGUACGGAGAGCACUCCCCGAAAAGAGAGGCCCGGGGCCCGGUGUUAAUCCCGCUGCCCGGACACGACCGACAGGUCUGCGAUAGCCAGACCAGAUUCCCCGCUGCUCAGCCUCCUAACGGCUCCUGGGUCGCUCUGAUAGCCAGAGGAAACUGUACAUACAGGGAGAAGAUCCGGCUGGCAGCCAGUCUCGGUGCGACCGCAGUGGUUAUUUAUAAUGUAGGAACGAGCAACUCGAAUGAUACCAUCACCAUGUCUUAUUCAGGAUCAGAAGAUGUGGUGGCCAUUAUGAUCCCCGAGCUGAAGGGUCGUGAGAUCUCUGCGCUGCUGGAGAAGAACGUGAGCGUGAUGAUGCACAUCACCGUCGGCACACGCAACCUGCAGAAGUACGUGAGCCGCACCUCUGUCGUCUUCGUCUCCAUCUCCUUCAUCGUCCUCAUGAUCAUCUCCCUGGCCUGGCUCGUCUUCUACUACAUCCAGCGCUUCCGCUACGCCAACGCACGCGACCGCAACCAGAAACGUCUGGGAGAUGCUGCAAAGAAGGCCAUUAGCAAGCUACAAGUGCGCACCAUCCGGAAGGGGGACAAGGAAACGGAGUCAGAGUUUGACAACUGUGCCGUGUGCAUUGAAGGAUACAAGGCCAAUGACGUCGUGAGGGUACUGCCAUGUCGGCAUGUGUUUCAUAAAAUCUGCGUGGAUCCGUGGCUGCAGGACCACAGAACCUGUCCCAUGUGCAAGAUGAACAUCCUUAAAGCGCUCGGCAUCCCGCCAAACGCAGACUGCUCUGAUGAUGUCCCCCCUGACUACGAGCUGUCCCUGGCCAGCCCUCCCACCAAUGCUGUGACGGGGGCCAGUGAAGUAACUGUGAGUGAGAGCUCCAUGGCGCUGGAUGGCCUACCACAGCUUUACCACGAGCCAGAAUCUCUCACACAGCUUGAAGAGGGCCAUCACAUGUCCAUCAGUGAGCACCAACCACCUCUAAUCAGCGAGUCAAACCCAUCACUCAUCCUGCCUGUGGAAGUGGGUCUGUCUGACAUCGAACUUUCUGCUGGAGCAGAGCAAGAGGAGGUGAAGUCCUGAGAGGAGAACCUGCUACUACAGAGACUGAGCUACAGCAGGGGCUCCUGUGGAGCCACGUAAGGAACAGAUGCAGGAUGGGAAACAAAGGACAUGUACAAUAUUUUGUCCCUCAUAGCCUCGUCAAGGAUCUCAUAAGCACUAAAGGUCUUCUCUCUGACCAUUAUUCCACCAGGUUGGUCUUGUCAUCUCUGGUCAUUUUGCACUGACUGGCAAAAGUGCAGCAAAUGUCAAGUUCAACCGCUCGGACUCUGGAAAUUCUGACUCUUCCUCGCGGGAUCACUGCCAAUAUACACGA